AUGUCGCUCCACAUUACCGUCGUCCCCGCCUCCUCACAAGGCGGCAAAGAGACGAUCCGCAACCUGCUCCGCCACGCCAGCCAGCCCAGAGUCCGUGGUGUCUACCGCGACAUAGCUAAGACGCCCGCCGAGUUCACAGACAAUGCCAACUUUGAGCUUGUUCAAGGCGAUGUCUCCAAGGCCCCACCCGACUUCUCCGGCUCUGAUGCUGUCUUGUACAUCCCGCCGCCCACAUUCGAGGACGUCAAUGUUGCCGAAUUCGCCACCAAUGCCGCCAAUAAUGUCAAGGCCGGCCUUGAGCGCGCCUCCGUGAAGCGGGUCCUUAUCUUCUCGGCGAUGGGUUCUCAAUACGAUCCCGAUGCCAUUGGUGUUCUGAAGAUCAAUCAUAUCACUGAUAAAAUUCUCGCUGCAAGCGCGCCUGAGGUAGUGGUCAUCAAGCCGGGCUGGUUUCACGAAAAUUGGACCCAAGCCUUCGCAACAGUGAAGCAGGAGCCCGCUCAUUUUGAGUCUGUCUUUACACCAGCAGACUACGAGAUCCCAAUGGUGAGCAUUGUCGAUGUUGGUCGCGCGUGUGCCCGGAAACUACUGGAAACCGGCCAGAUGCUGCCUUCGUGCCCCUACGUCUUUGAAUUGUUCGGCCCGAGGCACUACUCAACGCUUGAUGUUCGGCAGGCACUUGAGAAGGCGUCGGGGAAGAGCAUUUCGAUCGUUCCGGUAGAGCCGGAGAAGCUGGCUGAGCAUUUCGCGAAGCACAUGCCACCGUCGCAUGUGCAGACCUAUGUGAACAUGAUUACGGCUACAUUGGCGGGGGGUGUUAUGGCAGGCGACUACAAGGGAGACGGGAGGACGGAAAGGGGAAUGGUCGAGCUUGCAGAUAGCCUGGAGCGGUUAUACACCGAGACUCAGUAG